AAAUCGUUACAGUCAGCUGUUGCUUGUUUGUUUAUCUGUUUUCGAAAAUUCUGCGUUCGGAAUCUUCAGAUGGCUGUGGAUGUUGUGUAUGCGAUUAUCUAGUUACUGUUUUGUUCCUAUGGAUAUGUAAGUCAAUGACUUCAUAGUUUUAAAAUGGUGGUGUUCUCAGUUCUAAUUUUCCCCAGUUUACAUUCUAGCUUGUCAUUACCACUUGACUUCUUCAGUUUUUCUAAUUUUGAUUUGUCCUAUCACCAAGUUAUCUUUAGAACUAUUUGGUCAAAGGAAGCAAACGGUUUUCCAAUUCCGUAUGUACCUUAUUAGUUGUUUGAUUUCACGCAUAUGCGUAUUUAUAUGCGUGAUGUCACAAAUACUCAACUUAAGUCCCUACGUGAUAUCGUUGAUCCAUCUUAGCUACCUCCACGUUUUGAGUGUGAGAAAUUAGGGCCAAAUAUUACAUGAAUAAUUUAUACACUCUAAGUGGGGACUAGAGCUAUCUGCGAAUUUGUUUUCGAAGGCUAAAGUAUCUAACUGUUGACACAUAUGCAGAAAAAAAUAAUGUAGAUACCCAUCUUUAGGAAUUGCCACUCAUGUGCAGUUACUUAGGUGUGCGCGAAACAGUGGGUUUUUGGAAUCCUAUUGCCGAGAUCUCUUGAAACCUAAAACUGCAAAUUUCUGCUUUUAAGGCGGUUAUCACCAUCACCAGAGUACAAUGUUCAUACAGGUUAUAGCUUAACAUAGUAAUUCACUUUAAAGUUCCCAAUGAUCUUGCCUCCAUCUUCUUAUUUUAUCUAAAAUCUGGUACAAAUGAGCACCAGAUAAAUAUGCUGCACUCAAAUAAGAAAAUGAGGCAAAACUAUAGUUUAUGAACGAACCAAUAAGAAAUAAGAUAACAUGUCUUGGAUCUUGGCGCAAAAUUCCUUCAUCUAUUUGGUUAAAGAGCGUUUCGGUAUGAUGUCAGUUCGUGAAGAUUUUAAAACGAAUCCAUAACCCUGACCAUCAACUGUAAAUCAUAAUCCUUAUUCUUCACACAGGUUUAUAACUCUCAUUUAGCCCUACAAAGUAGGAGGACACACUCAAGGCCACUUUAGCGUAACUCAAAUGUCGUCCGUAAAUUAUAGUUUCACCAAAGUGACAUUUCGUUUUAAAAACUAUGGCCGAAAACAAUUCUUUCACUUGGAGUUCCUCUGACUCGUGGAGGAUGUAAAAAUUAUCUUCGAAAGGACUUCCAUUAGCUUCUCUUCAGAGUCAUUCCUUAUGACUUCUCAUGCACUAAGUUGCAGAUUAUCUAGGAUUUAUUUAUUAUUUGAACAUAUAGAUAUUGGUACAAGGAGGCACCAAAUACAUAUGUGCCACACAAAUCUCAUUUGAUUUGUGCGAGGGCUGUGAUACUGUCCGGGUGCCCAAAUAGAAGCAGGAGCGUAUCUAGGACCUCAAUCAAUGUAUAUAUGUGCCAGGUUUUACCUUGCGUCCUGCUGACUUGUCUUCGUCGUUAAUUAGAGUAGAAAGAUCAUUUUAGUAAUAAGCUUUUUAAUGAUGAUUAGUAUAUCAAUGAAAAGUACAUUUGAGUCAGUUGAUUAUGUGCGAAUUAUAAUGAUUAGAAUUUAUGAACUAAGUAUUUGUCAUCAAAUAAAAAUCAUAGUAAAAAUGUAUUAAAAGGCCUUAAGCAGAUUUCAGACUUUCUUAGUGUAACGGGAAAUAAUCUUAAUCGGUAUCGAUUUUCUCUCUCAUAAGUUGUAUUUAGAGAUUACACCCACAAGAUAGCGACACUAAUCGAGUUAUCACCACUGUCCGAACACAUUACUAAACAUUUGAAUUGCUAACAGUGUUAUCAACAGCCCUACAAAGACAGCGAUAACCAAACGCGGUCAUCUAACAUACUCAACUAGUAAAGGCCAGGUUUCACAAACACAGAGCAGUGCUGUUCUUACAAACACAUCGUAAAUCCAACCUUCUACAUCCAAACUAACAUCACAAGUACCAAAGAUAGUUUGAAUUAGCAUAAAUCGCUCUAGCUUUCACCAUACGUAGACUGACCCCAUCAGUCACACUUCCAGCAGCACUCACACAGAUACGCUGACCUUUAGAUUAUUUCUCACAACUCAUAAAGAAUGAGUGCCGGUACAAGCUCUUGCCAGUCCUAUGGAGCCACUUUGCAUUUAGAAUGUUCAAACUAAAUUCCGUAUUUAGGACACUGAUUAAUUGUCACUUGCAUGGCUCAAAUAUCACCGCACUGCAAGACAAUAUCAUCCAGAUACUCAAGAUCGAACUGUUUCUCCGGUUAACAUCCUCACCACCACUAUAUACUCUUAUCAAAGUUGCCUCAAGGAUGUUAUUGACCACAAUAGUCUGAAAAGUCUCAUUACCUUGUACCUCGUUGGUCAAUUUGUACAGGUUUCAAGCUGCAUACGACAUCGUUUCUUGUCACACCCUAACUAUUGUGAAGCUCCACUUCUUGAGUCGUCCAGUGAUUAUAACACCAUUAGUCUGAAUCUGGUUAAAUAUUACCUAGAUUUAUAAAAAAUUCAGUAUAUAGUUGGCCGUAGAAAGCCCCUGACUAGUUGAUAUUGAAUAGCUUCAAAAUACGUAGAAGUUACAAUCUCUAAAGUGUUAACUGAAAAAUUACAUGUAUUCAUAGUAGAAAGAACAGUGUAAUGAGAAGACCAUACUUACAUGGAGUUUCGAAGUUCAUCCCAUUCUUUUGAUGACCGCUCUCACUUUUCAGUGAUAUGUUUUUUUGUCUGCCUCUUUUCCUUUUGUCUUAAUUACAAAUCAGAGCUUACUUUGUGAUGCACGUCGAUUUCCGUGGCGUGACGUACUCAGUAGUCUAAUUGGCUUAAUUGGUUUUCUGUGGUUAGCUUUUUUGCAUCAAAGUUCUUUUUACGAUAUGGGGUUUCUAACCCUACUCCCAACUUCCUUUAUCCUGACUUGGGACUGUCAGUAAUCCUGAAGGGGCUUCAGGCGAAGUUAGCUUAGUGUUAUUAGAGUCUAGGAUUUCACAGUACCACUCGGUAGAUCUAGUUUAAUACGGUGAGAUUUUCUGCCAAAUCGCUUCUAAGAAGUGUUUCCUUCGGGAAAAAUUCGACUAGGGUAUUCGUAAACUCCAUUCUUUGCGUACUUGCUCAGAAUCGUGUCGUUUCCCUUCAAAAUUCCCAAAGUAGUUUACCUUAGUAUUAAAAAUGACCUGAACGAAGUUCAUGCUUCGCAAAGUUAAGGAAUCUAAUACAAUUAACCAGAUCGUACUAGUAUUAUCAUCGUUUUCGAAGAUAGUUCGAUUUGGAAUGUAAUUUCUCUCACUCCCUUACUGAAGUAACGUUUCUAAUCAGCCUUGAACCCUACCCUACCUACUACAGUUUGGGAAGCCGGGCGGUAUCACGAGCCUUAUAAAGUAUGACUCAAAGCUGCUUAUACAAAUUUGCACAUAGUAAAUUAAUGAUAUUAAUUACUUUACGAUUGCUUAAUACAUUAGUGUUUUUAAGCCCAUGUAAUAUAAAGUUUGGCCCUUGUUCUCUCCAAGUAUCAAGAUCCUUUCUGAAUAAUAGGUAAUUCGUCCGAUGAAAUACUACUGAAUCUAAUGCCUAUAUAUUCUUAAUCUAAUAAAUAUGUUCCAUAUUAAUUGCACUGGCAUUUUGUACUUCAGGUAGGUAAAAAUGAAGUCACUGUUGUUAAUCCAUUCAUUUUAUUUGCUAUGCUCAUCAGCAAUGUUGAAAACGCAGAUAAAGUAGUAUGAACUCCAUAUUUUACCGAAAAUAUAAUAUUAAAUAAAGAGAUUAAUAAUUUACCAAAAUCAAGAUAUAUUAAGUACUAAACGAAUAAGAUUGAUUUCUAAGAAUCUAUUUAUCUCAUUGGUAUCUAGUUUUAUAUAUCUAGGAUUCGUCUUUAGCUACAGAUAUUCCACACUUUGGGAGUCAUCGAAAUUGUCAUACAAUUCUUAACACGUGAUGUUAAUUAUUAUAACUCAGUUGUAUUCAAUUUUAAUUUGAAGGUUUAUAAUGCUGUAAAUCUUUCCGAACUUUGGUAAGUGAACUAUUACCCAUAUCCAUUACCCUGUCUGAACCUAUAAAAUACAGCUGAGACUAGUUACUACAUACAUCAAUAGCUUAAUUUUGUUUGUUAUAAUGGCAGUUUUUACUAUUUCUUUAUCUGGGAAGAGAUAUUAUAAAUGUUGGUUAAGAAUGAGAUUUUCUUCACCGUAAUGGAUAUUUUUCUUUUUCUAAAUCCUGUCCCACUUAUGUAGACUAACGAAGCAACUUCGUUUUAUUUUACACUUUAAGGUACCUUUGCUAUGCCUCUUCAUGUAGAUCCACGUAAACACGAACUUCUGGAAGCUAGAAUUCAGGGAACUAACCAUAUAAGGUCAACCAAUAAUGUGCCUCGCUCCACAAAGUCUAAUUCGUAUGCUUCUGGAUAUAUGUUUCCAAUAACAGAAGAACCUUCCGGCACUCCAGAACACUCAGUUUUACGUGGUUCUUCCAGUCCAUUCAGUUCAGUCGGUGAACAUGACCUAAGUACUAGUAGCAGUGAGAUUAAGCCGGUUUCCACAGUAGUUCCUUCGAUAUCAGUUGAAAUCAAUGAAAGAAUUCCGAGUGCAACAGAUCCAGGCAAAAGGUUGCAUAACCCGAAUUGCCAUAACAUUCAUCGACUGGAGGUCACUAGUCCGGGUCUUAAUGUUCAAGAUUCUCAGAUCUACGUUCAGACGCAAGAAGAUUAUGUGACUUCACCUACGACUCCAAAAAAAAAGAGAAUCCCUUCAAGUUCUGUAGGAGAGUCUGACAACACAUCAAAUGACGGUCUUAUUACUUCCCUCGUAAAAUCGGACGAUAAGUUGAUAGAAGCUUUGGCUCCUGGUAUCCCAGCAAAUCCUCUUGGUUCGCCCCAAGGUCUGCAGUAUGUUUCAAGGUCGAACUCUAUUCACACCCCAACCACUGUUGCGGGCAACAGUCCUGUGAAACAACCCUAUACAUUUGUAGAGGAAAAAAAUGCUCCGUAUCCCACAUUCCAAAUUUCCGUCCAACCAUCUGCAGCAUUUAUCGAAACAAACAAUCCUACAUACCACUUAUCUCCUUCGAUAGGACCACAUACUCCAACUCCUGGUGGACAAGGUGAUUCGUUGCCAUCCCGAAAUGGCACAAAGAAACGGCGAAAAUUAGUGAGUUCUGAUGAAGGUCAUACACCGAAACCUAAAAAAAUGGUUUGCCAAGAACGUGGUUCAAAGCGUAUCGAUGAAAUCUUUAAAUUCAUGCCUGGGCCAUUAUAUUCAUCCUGUGGUUCAACCAGUCCGACACAAAAUCCUCGUCUACAGAGUCCUUCCCCUACAGGUGCCCAUUCUCUUGAUAAUCAAAUGGUUGGAGUAAACCAUAAUUACAUCCCGUCGCUGAAUGAAGCUGUGACUACGAGCUGCGCAAGCAACGAUCAAAUGAUUAUUACGUCAGUAACAGGAAUUCAGUAUGCAAAUAAUGCAGCUACUUUCCAGUUGUCACCUGUCCGUGCCAGCAGUACAGCAAGUUUAAGUGAUAGCUCCGGUGACAAUCCUGUAUCGAUGGUUGGGUUAAGUAUGGUUGCGAAUGUAAACGCGAAUCCAACUUCUUGUACAAUACCCUGCAAUGCUAAUCCAUUGCCUACUUAUUCUAACCUUCAGCUACCUGCUAAUCUUAAUUCAUCAUAUCCUCAAGUUGGACAACCUAGUGUUGGUUAUCUAAGCUCUGGAUCCUGUCCUAAUAAUCCCAUGACAUCAAAUGUUCCAGCCGUUUCUGGGUCACCCACAAACAACUUCAGAUCUCAUGUCGGGGUGCAAACAGAUGAAACUGUCACUCCACCGCCAACUGCCGAAUGUGUGGAAGGUUCACAAUGCACAAACAUCACAACUUUGCAUAAUAAUCCUCCCUUAGUUACAACCGGUGGACCUGCUUCAUCUGUUCCACUAACUUCAGUUGAGAGUCUUCAGCGUCGAAUAGCUGAUUUAGAACACGAAACAGUUGUUCAACGAGAGACCAUUACAAAAUUACAAGAUAAUGCCAUUCGUUCCCGCGAAAUGAUACGCGAAUUGCUGAUUGAAAAAAGUUUACUCGAAAGAAAGACUACACGUCAAAAAGUUAUGGAAAACCGUUUACGGUUAGGUCAAUUUAUCACCCAAAGACAGGGUGCUCAUUUUGAAGAGAAAUGGAUCGAAGGUUCGAGAUUUAAGGAAUUAGAUCAGCGCCGUAAGAAUAUUGAACUUGUUCGUGAAGAGAUUGAACGUAAAAAGAAACAAUGGAACAAGCGUAAACCAAAUGUUGGGGAUGCUAAAAAGAGUACUAAAUCUAAAUACGAUGAAGUCUCCGUGGAUGAAUUUUAUGAACAAUUAGAAAUUUAUGAUUUACGUAAACAGAUGCUUGUUAAAGAAGAUAAAGAAAUUCAAAUGGAAUUAGAGCGAUUAGAUCGAGAAAGAAAUUUGCAUAUUCGAGAAAUUAAACGAAUUUCUAAUGAAGAUGCAUCUCGUUUUAAAGAUCAUCCAUUACUGAAUGAACGAUAUCUUUUGCUUAAUUUACUGGGCAAAGGUGGAUUCUCGGAAGUUCACAAGGGUUUUGAUCUCGUAGCUAAUCGAUAUGUUGCUUGUAAAAUUCAUCAGCUUAAUCCUUCUUGGCCUAAAGAUAAAAAAGAUAACUACAUUAAACAUGCGUUAAGAGAGAUUGAGAUUCACAAAACGUUACACCAUCCGAGGAUAGUAAAAGUAUUCGAUGUGUUUGAUAUCGAUCAUGAUGCAUUUUGUACUGUACUUGAAUACAGCGAAGGUAAUGACUUGGAUUUCUUUCUUAAACAAAACAAAAGUAUUCCGGAACGUGAAGCCAAGUCGAUUAUAUGCCAAGUGGUUUCUGCUUUGAAAUAUUUAAAUGAACGUAAACCUCCAGUAAUUCAUUAUGACUUGAAACCAGGUAAUAUUUUACUGGGUUCCGGCCAAGUUGCUGGUGAAAUCAAAAUCACGGAUUUUGGUUUAAGUAAACUUAUGACAGAAGAUAAAUACAAUCCAGAGACUGGAAUGGAUUUAACCUCCCAAGGAGCAGGCACUUAUUGGUACUUACCACCGGAAUGUUUUGAGACAGGGCGGGAACCUCCAAAAAUAUCUUCAAAAGUGGAUAUAUGGUCUGUUGGUGUAAUUUUCUUUCAGUGUUUGUUUGGAAAAAAACCAUUCGGUCAUAAUAUGUCCCAAGCUGAUAUUUUGCACGAAAAUACAAUUCUCCAUGCACGAUCCAUUGUAUUCCCUUCCACUACAAAAGUUAGCGACGGCGCAAAAGAAUUUAUUCGAAAGUGUUGUACGUAUAGAAAAGAUCUCCGACCGGAUGUCUUUCAACUUAGCAACGAUGAUUAUCUUAAGCCUAAAGCUCAACUCAAACAUUAUCUCGAUACAUCUACACUCCCUGGUCCUGUCGGUGUCCCACUAAAUAUUGCUACUCCCCCGCCUUCAACUUGUAUUGAUCCCUCUAUCCCCACUCCUGGUAGCAACCAGUGUAUAAUAUCUGGAUUUCCAACAAACAAUCCUGGAAAUUGCGCUGCCCAACCUCACCCACAACAUAUCCUUCAACAUCAACAGCAGGCCACAUCUUUCUCCGUGCUACAGAAUCAGGAAGCUACUCCAUCAUCACAACCUUCAACCUUGCCACCACCAAAUCAGACAGAUUUUAUAACAAGACGUUGUAUUAGUUAAGCAAUAACUGAACAUUAUAAAGCGAAUAUUACACUUCAUCUUUGUUUAACUAAUACAACGUCUUACCAUAAAAGUUUUCUGAUUUGUGAGAAUAUCGCGUCAUUUCAUCGCAAUAUUAGCGAUCAGCGAUGCUGCUCCUUGUAAUAGUUUAGACUAUGAUCAUUGCUCUCUGUCCCUGCGUGUGUAUUAUCAAUUUCUUUUCAAUGUUGAAGCGUAAUAGUCUUUCAUAUUCCCAAUAAGAAAGAUUAUCCUGGAAAUCUUAGUAGAAUAAACCGCUUUUGUCUCUAACCUAUGCGUGAUGUUUCAAUAGUAUUUGAAAUGAAGUUUCAUAAUAAUAUCUGUGUUCGAUACCAUAUGUUUGAUUAUAACAAGUAAUUACAAGCACAAGAUCUGCAAUAUCUCUACAACUUCCCGUAUUAUAUUCAUUCAACUUGUAAAUAAAAUUUGUAUUAAAAAAUCUU